AACGCCCGCUCUCUGUUUUCUCGUGUCUCUCUCCGGUCCAUCUGCGUUCGUCUCAAAGUCGUCCUUGCAUUCUCUUCUUCUUCUCCGUCUGUGUAGAUAUUUUGAAUCUCUCGGCGACAAUGGAGAGUUUGAUCCUGUUGAUUAAUGAGAUACAGAGAGCAUGCACUGCACUCGGCGAUUAUGGCGGCGGUAAUAACGCUCUCACUUCUCUCUGGGAAGCUCUUCCUACCGUCGCCGUCGUCGGUGGUCAGAGUUCUGGGAAAUCUUCGGUUUUAGAGAGCAUCGUAGGGCGAGACUUUCUUCCUAGAGGAUCCGGUAUUGUUACGAGACGGCCUUUGGUCUUACAACUUCAUAAAACUGAUAAUGGAACAGAGGAAUAUGCAGAGUUUCUCCACCUUACCAAUAAGAAAUUCACCAAUUUCGCUUUGGUUAGAAAGGAGAUUGAGGAUGAGACUGAUAGAAUCACUGGGAAUGGAAAGAACAAACAGAUUUCUCCAGUUCCUAUUCACCUUAGUAUCUUCUCUCCCAAUGUUGUGAAUCUUACUCUCGUUGAUUUACCUGGUUUGACUAAAGUUGCGGUUGAUGGACAGCCAGAAAGUAUUGUUGAGGAUAUUGAAUCAAUGGUUCGCUCAUAUGUCGCAAAGCCCACCUGUCUUAUACUAGCAAUAUCUCCUGCAAAUCAAGACAUAGCCACAUCCGAUGCGAUGAAGCUAGCGAAAGAAGUGGAUCCAACAGGUGAAAGAACGUUUGGAGUUCUGACAAAGUUAGACUUAAUGGAUAAGGGAACUAAUGCAUUGAAUGUUAUCGAAGGAAGAUCAUACAGGCUGCAAUAUCCUUGGGUUGGUAUAGUGAACCGUUCACAAGAAGAUAUUAAUAAGAAUGUUGAUAUGAUGGUUGCGAGAAGGAAAGAGCGAGAAUACUUUGAAACCAGCCCUGACUAUGGUCACUUGGCCGCCAGAAUGGGUUCAGAGUUUCUUGCAAAGCUCCUCUCUAAGCUCUUAGAAUCUGUUAUAAGGUCCCGUAUCCCAAGUAUCCUAUCCUCAAUAAACAAAAACAUUGAAGAACUCGAAAGAGAGUUAGACCAAUUAGGCAGGCCUGUCGCUAUUGAUGCUGGAGCUCAACUAUACACUAUCUUGGGAAUGUGUCGAGCAUUCGAAAAGAUUUUCAAAGAGCAUUUGGAUGGCGGGCGUCCUGGAGGAGCACGGAUCUAUGGAAUCUUUGACUACAACCUCCCGGGAGCCAUUAAACAGCUUCCUCUUGAUCGUCAUCUUUCAUUGCAAAGUGUUAAGAGAAUUGUCUCGGAAUCUGAUGGCUAUCAACCUCACUUGAUUGCACCAGAAUUGGGUUAUCGUCGUCUCAUUGAAGGAUCCCUAGAUCAUUUUAGAGGUCCAGCUGAAGCUUCUGUGAAUGCCGUUCACUUAAUCUUAAAAGAGCUUGUAAGGAAAUCAAUUGCAGAAACAGAGGAGCUAAAAAGAUUUCCUUCACUACAAAUUGAGCUAGUUGCUGCAGCAAACUCAUCUUUAGAAAAGUUUCGUGAAGAAAGCAUGAAGUCAGUUCUUAGAUUGGUCGACAUGGAGUCUUCAUAUCUAACUGUGGACUUCUUUCGUAAGCUUCAUGCAGAAAGCCAAGCUGUGUCUAUGUCUUCACCAACCACAACAAUAGACCAAUACGGUGAAGGACAUUUCAGAAAGAUAGCUUCGAAUGUCGCUGCUUACAUCAAGAUGGUUGCAAAGACUCUUGUAAACACUAUUCCUAAGGCUGUUGUUCAUUGCCAAGUCAGACAGGCGAAACUCUCGUUGCUUAGUUACUUCUACGCACAGAUCAGUCAGAGUCCGGGGAAACGAUUGGGGCAGUUGCUAGACGAGAACCCGGCAUUGAUGGAAAGGAGAAUGCAGUGUGCAAAGAGGCUCGAGCUAUAUAAGAAAGCUAAAGAUGAGAUUGAUGCUGCGGUUUGCGUUGGAUGACAACAUUUCAGAAAUUGAUGCAUCUCUCACUCGAUCUCAAAUUAAAAAAAAAAGUUUUUAAAAUAUCAAUCAUCUUAUCCAGUAAACAACUAAACAAUUAAAUACAUCUGGCUUGUAACAAUUCGAUUGAGGUUCGGCUUAUUAAAUCAACCUGUGGAUCCAUUAUAA